AUGAUGCUACUUUCAAAAGCAUCUCUCUUGACAGCUGAAACUCUACGUAGCUCCAAGAACAGCUUAAUGCUACUACAUGCUACUCGUGUGUCUAAACCACCUCUACUUACUUUUCUGUACAGGUUGCUUGAUGAGAGGCUCAAGCCUAGGUACCCAGAGGAGCAGCUGGCAGUAGUUUUGCGUGGCUUCCUUUGUUUGCAUUUGGUUGCAGCUUUCAGAUCAAACGUGUCGAGCAUCAUUCAAUUCUUAGACAAUGUGGCUCAGUUUUCUCACAAUUUGCUUGGCAUGGUGAAAUCUCCAAAAAUAAAUGGAGCCAACUCAAACCACAUAAUCAUGGGAGAAGAUCAAACCCAUGAUGGUAACACUAAAAUAUCAUCAGAAGAAACUGAAUCUACAAUUCUAUCUAAUGGGGUUGUAGAAUAA